AUGGACUUGACCAACGGCAAUGCUGUUUCGUCUAGUGACCAAUUAGUGGAGGAAGCCAUCAGGUAUUGUUAUAAAGUGUCUUCUGCUCUGCUCACCGGAGCUGAAGGGUUCACCUUUGAAAAGUUUCAAGAAUUGAACUCUUCAGCGAUUAAGGACUUUGCCGUCAACCGAAGUUCUUCUGUAUUAUACUUGAUCGCCGAUCCCAGCGAAAAUGUCAAAGCAAGCUCGAGCCCCGAUGUCGGGAAUUCCGAACCUGAUCUUCUAAAUGAUGCACACAACCGCAACGUCCUGGCACUGAUAAAGAGCCAACCAACCCUCAGCUUAGAAAAUGCUCUAGAAAGUCAAAUACUAGUUUUGAGCAUGGCUCAAGGCCUUGAAAUGAAAGCAUUCAAUCAAGUUAUGGCCCUUGGUGUUACAUCUCUUAUUGAAUGCGCGUUGGGACCACAACAGCUGAUGAACACAGAUAAUGGGUCUCUUCAAAACAUGCGUCUUAAAAUUGACGAGUUCUUUUCUAGUAUGAAGAACGUUGAAAGCUGGGCUGUGGCGCCAAACUUACUGUUAUCUGGAGAUCGGCUUAUAAAAGACAUUGUGAACAGAGGCGCGACCAUAGAAAACUUUGAGGAGUUCUUGCCUGACACUCAAUUUGCAGACUCGGUAUUUCUGAAUUCGCUGCAGAGAAUAGUUAAUGGUUGGAUUCACUCUGCUGAAAGCUUUUCAAACUCAAUGAGAAGCAUCGACGACGGAGACGCCAAAGACGAAGUUAGCUUUUGGCAAAAAUUGGAGCAAGGAUUGCUAUCUAUUCAAGAUCAAUUACAGAGCAGUGAAGCAAAAAUAACAGUGGAAAUUUUAAAGAACUCUCGCAGGCCGCAGGCCGCCUUCUCUUUACUUGCAAGUUCCACAGUGCCCGAGCGGCUUAAGAAGGUCAAAAGUUACAAUCAGUUCCUUUGCGAAUUGCCCAUGAAAAAGUUGCAGACAGCCGUCUCUUUGCCAACACUUGACGGACUCAUAGAUGCAUUUGCUACCGCUUUCAAAAGGCUAAGAACGUCCCUGUUCCCUAUAUCCCGCGCACAGGCUUUAACAGAGCAAAUAUGUGUAGAAGUUAUCUGCAAAAUCAAGAAGCUUGUCCCCCAGUUGGCCUCGCUACCAUUCGGUGAAUAUGAAUCUAAAACAAAGGCAUUAGAAGGUUUUCUUAGCAGGUGGGACGAGCUCAUCGAAUCAGCUACAUUAAUUAUGAGAGAAGUGACAAGAAGGCGCUCAGAAAAGUACGUGCCAAUAAAAAUUGCAUCGAAAACCGAUCUUCUCAGGCACCGACUUAGUGGAAUCAAGAAACUUAGGUCAACUUAUGAAGAGCUUUCCCUCGACCUUGAAAACCCUGACAUGCUGAAAUACAAAGCAGAAGUACCCUUCGUUUACGAACCUCUGAAGACCACAGAUUGUUUAAGCUGUUCCACAGAACAAUGGUAUGCACUGGAAAGCACUUGCAAUCAAAGGCUGGGCAUUUUGGAAAACAAGAUAUUGAAUGCCCUCUUAUUUAAGCUUCAUUUGUGCGAAUCUACAAACGAAAUGUUCACGUUACUUGAGAAGUUUCGCCCCUUGCUAUCAAGACCUCGGCUGCGAAAAGGCAUUCAACAAUAUCAUGGUGGUCUGCUAAAGGCUGUCGUGGGGGAACUCUCUAACCUGAAGCAGAAGCUCUUGGACUGCAAUGGCGAUUCAAAUGCUGCUGCUUUGAAUGAUUUGCCGCCAGUUUCCUCUUCCCUGAUGCGGAUAAAGCUGUUGAAAAAGAGGGUGUCCACUAUUUUGUCCAAAUUAACUCUAUUAUUGGGCAGGGAUUGGAGCUCCAGCGAAGAUGGUCUGCAUUUGCACUCAGAGUGCAAAUCAAUUUUGGAAGGACUGAAUGAAGAUACAAUUGUGAGCGAAUGGUACUCCAAGGCCAGCUGUUCCGAGGCUCUACUACAAGAACCUAUAUUCAAAGUUCUUAAAAAUGGCGGCGGGUACGCUAUAUUUGUGAACUCGAACCGCGAAUUUAGGGAUCUGUUCAAAGAAGUUAGAAACCUAUGUUGGAUGGGCUAUGAUCUUCCCAGCUCCCUUUUCAAAGCUUCAACUGUCUUGAGAGACCUUUAUCCCAUUACGAUCGAGUUUAUGGAGCUUCUGGAUACAUUUAUCCAAAUAACCAACUUAGUAAAUGAAAGGCCAGCUCUGAAUGCGCUCUUGGGAUCACUCAUAAAAAGAUCUUGGGUUGCUUUAAAGCACUGUAUUAACGAAAACUGGAAAGCUAUAUCUGAAUCAGAAAUAGCAGCUACAACAGCUGCUGUACUAGAUUUUGAUGAAAAUCCAGCUUCCCUUUCUAUAUUCCGCUCCCUUGUUAAUGAAAUUAUAACAAGGUUCAACAGCUUGGAAAGUUUGGAAAGGUCCUUAACAUCUUUUUUAAAUUCGAUCGACUUGACCAAAUUUUCCGAACCUUCUCUUAGAAAUUGGAUUACACAAAUUGUAUCUCUGAAGAGCAGCAUAACGUCACUGGAAAAAGGCAAUUACACUUGUUUCGAAACAUACCUCGAGGCUCAGAUUGAGGAGAGCGUUUUAAACCUAACACGACUUGCGCUCAAACCAGAAAACCUACCCAAAACAAAGCAUGAGGUAACAAUUGACAGUAAUGGCGUUUUAUUGGAGCCUUCACUAGAAUCAACAAAAACGAGAUGGCUUGAGCACAUCCAAAAUACCCUCAAUAUCUCUUUUACUCUUAAGGCUUAUUACGAGGAUGAUAAAGGAGAGCCAGUGGGGCAAAAAACCAAACGCCUCGAUGAAUUUAAAAUCCAAGUUCAAAGGUAUGCAAUGUCAGCAUCCAAAGAGGUUGAGUCGCUACUACAAUCAGCUUGCAUUUUGUUAAGAAGCUUGAACAUAUACAAAGUUUUAUGGAGACCAAAAGAACAAAUAAUUUGGCAUCAGCGAAGAAAUGACAUUCUCUAUUGUUUUGAUCUCUACUCAGACUUCAUGAAAGAAAGAUCAAAAGUUAAAAGCAUGGGAAUGCGCGUGAAGCUUUCAGACUCGCUAACUAUAUCUCUGAAAGAUUUUCAAGCAAAGAUAGAAAGCUGUUACGAAGAUUGGAAUAAAGAACUGCUUAGUGAGCUAGAAUGCCAGUAUGAGAAACAGUCCUUAGAAUUUCAUUCUACGCUCAGUAAUUACAGAAAGCUCUUGGAAUCAAACUCUAUUUCUGUUGAAUCAUGCUCUUUGGAUGAACUAUAUGAAAUUUGCUCCACAAUAGAGAAUUUAAACAAGUCUUGGAGUCAUAAAGAGGAACUACUAAGCACUUUACACUCUGUACAUAUCCUCAUGAGAGAGAACAACCAAUCUUCUCUUUCAGAGGUUAUACAAGGCGAUCAAUUAGACCUGGACAUGAAGCUGCUAAAGCAAAUCCUUGAAAAGAGGCAAGCUUGGCUAGCUGAGAGAAAAUUUAUAAUUGCGAGCCGUAUUGAAAUGUGGAAUGAUAAGCUGCUUAAAAGUGCCAGUUCUUUUCGGGAAGAAUGGCAGAUAUGCAAGCCAGUAUCUCAGGAUCUAAAACCAGAAAACGCUUUAGAGAUACUGGAGCUCAAAGAGCAUGCGGUAUCUCUGGAAAGUAAAAACCUGGAAAUGGUGAACAAAAUAUCCUUGUUCUUGUCUAUACCAGUCAAACAAGGUUUUUCUUUGAUUGACGUCACGGCAGAUAUCGCUGCAUACAAAAUAGCCUGGGAUGCCAUUAGCAUAAGAUGGGCAUCACUAAAGCUAUACCUUAAUACUCCUUGGGCGCAAUCUGACUUGAAUAAUCUAAAAAUAGAGCUCCAGCGUUUAGCUGACGAACAGCAUGAAAACGAAGGAUCAUUGGCUAACCAGGUGGUUUUCAAAGCAUUCUCCGAAAAUAUACAAGGGAUUUUAAAUUCAAUCAAGCUGUUGAAUGCCCUGAAAGAUAAAUGUAUGAAGCCGCGUCAUUGGAAAAUCCUUUUCCAAGAAGCUGGUGGCUCUUCUCCAAGCAGAGAUGAUAUCGAUGGAAUGUCGUUUCUUCUCGAAGAUGUCUUGUCCCUGAAACAGGGUUUAAAUGAAGGCUUUGUAUCAGAGGUGAUUAAGAAUGCCAAGUCAGAAGAAGUUGUUGAGCAGUCCUUAGAAGACAUCGAAUCGCGGUGGCGAUAUACCAAAUUUUUGUCCGCACACCAUGCUGGUAAUUUUGUUAUUGUUAAAAAUUGGGAUACGCUUAUGCAGUCCAUCACUGAUGAUACCAAUACGCUAACUGCAAUGAAGAAUUCGUCACACUAUAAAGUUUUUGAGCAGCGCUCAGUAAGCUGGGAGAUAAAGUUCAAUGAGCUAGCAUUGAUCUUGAAUAGUUGGGCAGAGUCGCAGCGGCUGUGGUUACAUCUCUAUGGUGCUCUUGGGGACAGUGCUAGCUCUUCAAACUUUUUGCGAUCAGAAUCUGCAAGAUUUGAAAUGAUUACAUCAGAAUUCAGUAGCAUUGCUUCGACUGUUUUACAAUCAGACUUGGUACUGGAUGUUUUGCAUAUUAUGGACCUUUCUAGAUCUCUAAGAAAUAUUCUUGAAUCUCUGAAGAGAGUCGUUGGAGCUUUAAAUGGGUACCUAGAGUCACAGAGGGAAAGGUUCCCACGGCUAUAUUUUCUCGGAAACGAGGAUCUUUUGCAGCUUAUGGGGGCCUCUCAGAAUCUAUAUCAGGCCUCUCAUCAUCUGGGUAAAAUCUAUGGCGGUGUUUCUUCCCUCAAGUUUGAAGAUAAGGAAAUAUUUGGCGUCAGCUCGCCCGAAGGCGAAACUUUAGAGUUUUUGGAGCCAAUACUCUUGUCCAAAUAUCCCGAAAUGCAAGAAUGGGUGGCUCAAAUCGGUAUUCAAAUAAAAUCAUCAAUCAUGUCAUCUACAGAAAACUGCCUUGAAAAGCUAAAAGUUAGUGGAGUUCAGGAAUUAUCACAGUUAUUCGAGCAACAUGUUUUCCAAGCUCUUUUACUUUCGUUCCAGAUAAGGUGGACAUCUAUUAUUGAGGACGCGAUUUCUCAGGAUGAAAUUUCUCCCAAACUGAAUGAAAUUCAGACUGUUUUUAAUAAACUGAAUUCCCUUUUGAAAGACACAAAAAGCUUUUUGAGAAGAAGAAAGAUCGAGUCACUUAUUGUUGAGUGCAUCCACUAUCUUUCUCUUUCCGAAGAAUUGCGUGCCUUUGACGUUGCAGGACGUAAAAAUAUAUGGAAUAGUAUCCCGAAGUACUAUCACAAUGCCUCCGAAUAUGAUAUGUUUCAAAGAAUUACUGUCAGCAUAGGGAAUAACAAAUUUUCCCAUGGCCUGGAGUAUAUUGGUGUACCUGAGAGGCUCAUAUACACGCCUUUAAUGAGGAAUUGCUUCGUCGCAAUGGCACAUGCCUUGGCUCAAAACUUGGGAGGUUCACCGUUUGGGCCAGCUGGAACAGGAAAAACAGAGACUAUAAAGGCCCUUGGUCAAAACCUUGGUCGGUUUGUGCUGGUGUUUAACUGCGAUGAGUCGUUUGAGUUCCAGUCCUUAGGGCGUUUGCUUCUCGGUAUUGGGCAAGUCGGCGCUUGGGGAUGUUUUGACGAGUUUAACAGAUUGGAAGAAAGCAUAAUGAGUGCCGUAUCAACUCAGAUUGAAACUAUACAGGAUGCUUUGGCCAGAAAACAGGAAAAGUUUGUUUUAUUAGGAAAAACAGUUUAUUUGGACGAUAGCGCUGGAAUUUUCAUCACAAUGAACCGUGGUUACAAAGGUAGGCGGGAACUUCCAGACAAUUUGAGAAAAAAGUUUAGGCAGUUUUCCAUGAAGUCGCCUGAUUACACCAUCAUUGCAGAUGUAAUUUUAACCACACUUGGGUUUGAAAAUGCUAAAAAUAUGGCGAAAAAGAUCUGCAAUUUCUUGACUGAGAUGGAGUGCCUGUGUUCUCAGCAGAGACAUUAUGAUUUCGGGUUGAGAGCUAUGAAGGGAAUCCUUCGAAAUUGCAGAGUUCUCAAGAAUAAGCACGGUGGUACCGACCAGGACAUUCUUCUUGAAAGCUUGCAUCAGAUGCUUUCUCCUCGUCUCGUCAAGUCUGAUGAAGAUGCAUUCUGCAAGACAAUGUCUGCGUUAUUUCCAAAUACUCAUUUGAAUUACAAUGACAAUGAUUUUCGCGAAGGCGUCGAAAAGGUUUGCCAAUUUGGUAACAAAACGCCUACUGAUCUUUUUGUGAAAAAGUGCAACCAACUAUUUCAGAUUCAAAAUUCGCAACAAGCUAUUAUCUUGAGUGGGCCUCCAGGCACAGGAAAAACAACCAUAUGGAAUUCUACGCUAGAUUGCAUGGAAUUGGCGGAUGGAAUCAAAAAUAAAGUAUUCCUUAUUGAUCUCAAGGUCUUGGCAAAGGAACAGCUCUACGGAUGCCUUGAUCCAGUCACUUUUGAAUGGACUGAUGGUGUGUUUACUUCCAUCAUUAGAAAAGUUGCUCAAGAUCAAAUUGAAAAGCAUAAUGAAACCCGCAUUUGGAUUAUUUUUGAUGGCGACUUGGACCCUGAAUAUGUGGAAACAAUCAACAGUGUGCUUGAUGACAAUAAGGUGUUAACUUUGCCGAAUGGCGAGCGCUUCAAAAUACCAGAUAAUCUUCGAUUAAUAUUCGAGGUGGAUGACUUGGAUAUUGCAACGCCUGCAACAAUUAGUCGUUGCGCCGUUAUCGUUAUUGAUCGACCAGUUUGCAGUCCCUCUGAAAUGCUCCCUGCACUGCUUGUUGAAAAGCUUCACGACAUGCAGAUAGCUUCGAGGCUUCCUAUGAGCUUUUUGGAUGCUUUCUGUGAAAUCAGUUACGAUGUAUUGGGGCAAAAACUCCACGAUUUGCAUGAUUUUGCUAAAACGCUGCCGAACGCCAUGGACACAAGCCUGUUGGGCUCGUUGGAUAAUCUUGUCUCCUUAACAUGUUCUCAACUAUUCCAAAAAUCAGAAUCUGUGCAAAAAUUAUCAAAAUCAAGUUUCUCUAACUUUGCCAAGUGCCUUUUAUGUAUCAAUAUUGUUUGGGCCAUAACUGGAGCUUGCAAUGAAGAUGACAGGUCUACCUUCGAGCAGUAUAUGAGAACGGGGCUUGGAAUAGAGGAUUUAGCUUCUAAUGACUCGCUAUCGCUAACAGACUACGAGGCAAAAGCAGGAGAGCCCAAACUGCGUCCUUUAUCUAUGUCCAUGCCGCAAAUUACACUAGAACCUCACGAAGUCAUUUUGCCUGAUCUUAUGAUACCAACUGUUGAUACCAUGAAGCAUGAACGCCUAAUACUCGAUCUUCUUUACGCAAGAAAAUCACCAAUUUUAUGCGGACCUCCAGGGUCAGGGAAAACAAUGACAAUAUUCAAUGCUUUGAAGAACUCCAAGAAAUUUGACCUUAUUGGGCUAACUUUCUCUAAGGAGACCACUGUGGCAUCUUUUCUUGAUACACUGAAACACCACACAACAAUAACAGAAACCGCAAAGGGCAUUUUACUGAAACCAAAGUCUCUAAGCAAGGACCUAGUGGUAUUUUGUGAUGAAAUCAAUUUACCCGAAGCCGAUGAGUAUGGCGCACAGCCAGUGAUUUUACUCUUAAGACAAUUGCUUGAGAAAAAAGGCUAUUGGGAUGUGUCCAGCCAUAGAUGGGUCAGCUUGGAAAGGAUUCAUGUGGCGGGUGCAUGCAACCCACCUGACAACGGUAGCAGAAAAGCAUUGAGUGAAAGAUUCACAAGGCACACUUCCGUUAUAUCUAUUGAUUACCCAGGCAAAAAUUCUUUGCUGCACAUCUAUGAGGUAUUUUUCAAGGCUGUUUUAAAACUGGCGCCCGAGCUUCGUGGCUAUUCUAAAGAGUUUGCCCAUGCAUCCGUUCAGCUUUACUAUUCCUGUAAAGAAAGAUUUUCAAGUACAGUUUAUUCCCAUUACAUCUACUCUCCUCGAGAACUCACAAGAUUGAUAAAAGGACUAUAUUACAUUUUGACCAACUCCUCAAUCCGCGCUCUCUCGCAGUUGAUCGAGUGUUGGGUCUACGAAUGCCUACGACUGUAUUCUGAUCGACUGGUUUGCGAUGAGGAUAAAAAAGCGUUCGACAAAAUAAUCAUUGAAAUCACAACCGAAUACUUUCCCAACCAGAUCGAAAACUAUUAUGAAAUUCGGGACAAUCUAUUAUGCAAUUGGGUUUCACUAGAAUAUGAAAAGACGGACAGAAGAGAGCUAUCUUUCUUUGUUAGAGAGAGAUUAAAGACUUUUAACGAAGAGGAACUUGAAUCUACAUUGAUUGUCCAUGAUAGCAUGUUGGAUCAUAUGGUGAGAAUUGACCGCGCACUGAAGCAGGAUCAGGGGCACUGCAUUCUUGUGGGUCCAAGCCGCAGCGGAAAACGGUCGCUAACUCGAUUUGUCUCCUGGAUGAAUGGAAUCGAGGUUAUCCCCCUAACUCUUCACAGGAACUUCCACAUUUCUGAUUUUGAUAAGUUUCUGAGAAACAUUCUAUCAAGAUGUACUGCUGGUGGGCAGAAGAUCCUAUUACUGAUCGAUGACUCUAGUAUUUUGGAAUCAUCUUUCAUAGAAAGAAUGAACACUCUUUUGGCCAAUUCUGAUGUUCCGGGGCUUUUUGAGGCAGAGGAGCGUACCAAAUUAAUUGCUGAUUUAUCUCAAAAAGCCGAGGAGAUCGGUCUCUUGCUCGAUGAAGAUGAAGAACUCUAUUCUUGGUUCACCCAACUCAUAUCUCGAAACCUUCAUGUGGUUUUCAGUAUCAAUGACCCUAACUCAGAAAGCGCAACAAAUGUGAUUAAUUCACCAGCUUUGUUCAACAGGUGCGUUUUAAAUUGGAUGGGCGAAUGGUCCGACCAGACUCUAGCGCAAGUCGGCACAAAAAUUAUUGAAUGGAUGCCUUUAUCGUCCUCCCUUGAUGGCAGUGACCCAGAAAUGUUAAGCAAAUCCGGUACUGCCACUCCACUGAGUAAGAAAAUAGUUGAUGUCGCGAUCUUGUUUUUCAAGAACUUUCAGGUCCUAAACCUCGGGCGACAAGCUACGCCUGGCCAGUUCCUGGAUCAGCUAAAAACCUUUCAAGACAUUUACUCUAGAAAGCUUUCAGAACUUGAGAAAUCUCAGCGGUUCAUUGCUACGGGCUUAGAUACUAUGAAGGAAUCGGUCCUUCGUAUAAGGGAGCUCAAUGAGUUAUUUUCUGAGAAAGAAAAGGAGCUGAGAUCCAAAGAACAACAGGGCCGAAAGACGCUUGACAACAUGCUCUCAACACAAAAUGAAGCAGAAAGAAGACACGAAGCCACUGUAGAGAUAAGGAAAAUUUUAAGUGCACAAGAGAAAGAGCUGAGUUCACAAAGGGCUCGAAUAAUGAGUGAUUUAGCUUCAAUUGAGCCUCAAGUCCUUGAGGCGCAAAGGGGCGUCAAUAAUAUCAAAAAGCAGCAUAUGACAGAAAUAAGAUCGAUGUUCAACCCUCCUAAUAAUGUGAAGCUAACACUGGAAGCUGUAUGCUUGGUUCUUGGCUAUCACUCCAAAGAAUGGAGAGAUAUUCAAAGUUUUGUCCGUAAAGAUGAGUUCAUCUCAAGCAUUGUUCAAUAUGACACUGAGAUGAUGAUGAAUGCAACGAUCAGGGACUUCAUAAAGAAAGAAUACCUUAUGAAGCCCGGUUUCAACUUCGAAGCUGUGAAUCACGCAAGCAAGGCAUGUGGUCCCUUGUUUCAAUGGGUGGUUGCCCAAGUUGAGUACUCUACUAUUCUCAAUACCAUAUCUCCAUUAAAGAAUGACGUCGCAAAAAUUGAAAAGGAAAUGCUUCAGACAAAAGCUAGGCUUCUCGCCUCCGAGGACAUGAUAUCCGAUUAUAGAGACUUAAUGGAAAGCUCAAAGAGAGAAUACAGCAACAUUAUUCGGGAAACUGAAGCAAUUAAAGCUGAGCUAUCGGCAGUUGAGCACAAGGUUUCGAGGUCACGCAAGCUAUUAGACAGCCUGGCAUCCGAAAAUGAACGCUGGUCCAGUAGUACUGUAACAUUCAAAGAGCUGAGGCAGAAUAUUGUGGGCGAUUGUCUCUUGUCAUCUCUAUUUAUCAGCUAUUGUGGGGCUAAAGACCGGAAAACAAGACUUGAGCUUAUUAGAUCGUGGAAGAAGCAUUUGGGUGAGUUGAGCGUGUCUUAUGAUCAAAACUACACUUUCUGUAAUCAUCUCGUUGAUUUUCAAGAACGAUCUCGCUGGUUUUCAAACGGACUCCCAGAUGAUUACACCUGCAUCGAAAACUUCUAUAUUUUGUUCAACAGUCUCCACUACCCGUUUGUUGUAGAUCCGGAGCUCAAAGUUUUUCAUGCUCUCCGUAGGCACUUCGGGAACACUAUUGCAAUGACAAGCUUUCUUGACAGUGGCUUUGUCAAAAAAUUAGAGAACACGCUUCGGUUUGGAGGUUGCAUCAUAAUACAGGACGGAGAGUUUUAUGACCCGAUUAUUUCGAAACUUAUUGCAAAGGAAUUCAGAAAAACGGGCGGAAAAGAGACAAUACAAAUUGGUGAUCGCGACAUUGACAUUGACCCUAAUUUCUUCAUGGUCAUUUUCACCCGGGACGCAAGUUGGAGCAUUCCUCUCUUUUUGCGGGCGCGGAUGUCCAUUGUUGACUUCACUGUUGACAAAAACUCUAUUGAGCCUCAAGCACUCGAGAUUGCUCUUGAAUGCCAAAAACCGGAGUUGCAUGAAAAGCGCAAGGCUCUGGCUCAGUUGAACGGCGAAUACAAGCUUCGCCUAAGUUGCUUGGAGAAAGAGCUUCUUGAAGCACUGAACAGUUCUCCAAACAGUGUUCUUGAAAAUGAAUCGUUGAUAACAACCCUGGAGCAACUCAAAACCCAGUCUAAUGAAAUCCAAGGCAGAAUUCUUGAAACAAAAGGUGUGAUCGAGGAGGUUGAGCAAGCUGUGAAUGAAUUUAGAGCCUUGAGUCAGCAUGCGUUCAGGCUCUAUUCAAUUGUCGAACAUCUGCCAUCCCUUCAUUGGGCAUACCAAGUGACAGUGAACUGCUUUCUAAAUUGCUUCAGAUCUAUAUUCAAUCAUGACAAAGGUUGUGAAAGUAAAAAUACAAACCAGCUAUUGAGAUCUUUUUACCGAAGGAUUUUUGAGGUUCUUUCUCCCGGGCUUCUCGACGAUGACAAGCUCGCUCUUGGUGUUAUGCUCCUCGUGUCAUAUUUUGAGCCAGCUGAACCUUCUGCUUUCUGUGAAAUACUUAGUCAAUUGAUGUCAAGUAUACGCACCUCGCCAAAAUCACCCACGCUCAACAUACCAUUGGAUUUUGAGUCAGCAGAGGUAAAGACAUACACGCAGAACUUAAUUGAAGGUUUUGAAGACUUUGACAUAUAUCAUCGACUUCAGGCGGCUGUGGAAUUUCUACCGCCGGCCGAAUCGUAUCAGCUCAAGGAAUUUGUUAAGGAGUGGGAUUAUGUGCCGAUCGUCAUUGUUUGCGAAAGGGGAACAGACAGCACCUAUCGCGUUUCUCAACUUGCUCAAGAGCUGUCGCGGGAACUGUCAAUUGUAUCUCUAGGCUCUUCUGAAAGUACCUCGAUGGCCGAGAACGCCCUUUCUCACUGCGCAAAAGAAGGUCAUUGGUUACUAAUUCAAAAUCUUCAAAUGUCCCCCGACUGGGUUAAGUCGGUCUUGACAAAAAGGCUCGAAUUGUUAGCUAGUGAUACCAACAAAUCCUCAAGCUUUCGGGUAUUCAUGACUUGUGAGCUAGAGGGACGUGCACCACCACCGCCUUUGAUCCAGACAAGUUGGAAAGUUGUUCAUGAAAGUGAAAAAGGUAUUUUACAAAGUGCAAGGGAUGUAUGGGGAACUAUUUCUCGCCCGGGUACUAUUCGUCCCCCCGAAAAGCUUUUCUGCCGUUUUCUUUUGGCUUGGUUCCACGCCCUUCUAGUUGAGAACAGCAGACUUCAUCCGCUAGGAUUUACAAAAAAGUAUGACUUCAACGAUUCAGACUUUGCCGCCGGCAUUGCGUACCUUGAUGGCUUUUUCGACUGCUUGUCUUCUUCGCAUAACAGCAUCAAACCGGCAGACAUAUCAUGGAUAGAACUGCAGUUUAACAUCGCUACUAUCAUCUACGGAGGAAAAAUUGAUGACGAAAAGGAUAUCCUACGCUGCAUUGAGCUGGCGGCAGGUCUUUUCAAUGAACGUGCAUUUGAGCCAGACUUUGAGAUCGCGCCGGGCUUGCUGGCCCCUCAGAAUAGACAAGAGUGGACCAGCAUUCAGGAAUGGUUGGUGCAAUGCCGUCCCCCCGAAAACUGGUCCCAAUGGUUACAGCUCGCGGAGAACGUGGAACUCGAACGCCGUGAGCUGCAUGCAGCUAACGUGGCAAGUUCAGUGAUCCAAAUCCUGAAGGGCUUGUGA